AUGGCAACGGAAGCGCUUGUAUCAUCAUCUCUUAGCUCCUCAGUAGCGAAUGCUAGGCAGAUUUUAGGAGCUAGACAGCUCCAAUCCCCAAUUGGGUCCUCAAGGAAGGUAUCUUUUGUUGUCAGGGCAGCUUCUACUCCCCCUGUUAAGGUCAAGAAACCUUACUUGGAUUAUGGCAGCCUUCGAGGUGACUACGGAUUCGACCCAUUGGGACUCUUAGACCCUGAUGGUCCAGGAGGGUUCAUCGAGCCCAAAUGGCUAGCCUAUGGUGAGAUCAUCAACGAGCGUUAUGCUAUGUUGGGUGCAGUUGGUGCCACUGCCCCUGAAAUACUUGGGAAGGCCGGCCUCAUUCCUACAGAAACAGCCCUCCCUUGGUUUAAAACUGGUGUGAUCCCGCCAGCAGGAACAUACAACUACCGGGUAGAUCCUUAUACUUUGUUAGUGUUCGAGAUGGCACUCAUGGGAUUUGCAGAGCACAGAAGAUUCCAGGACUGGGCCAACACAGGUUCCAUGGGGAAACAAUAUUUCUUGGGAUUCGAGAAGUACCUUGGAGGGUCUGGAGAGCCAGCAUACCCUGGAGGACCACUCUUUAAGCCACUUGGUUUUGGAAAAGAUGAGAAGUCAUUGAAGGAUUUGAAGCUGAAAGAGGUGAAGAAUGGGAGAUUGGCUAUAUUGGCAAUCUUGGGUUACUUCAUCCAAGGGUUUGUGACGGGAGUAGGGCCAUACCAGAACCUUCUGGAUCACUUGGCUGACCCUUUCAACAACAAUGUCUUGAUUAACCUCAGGUUCCAUUAGGUAAGGUGCCUGCGUUGUUGCAUUGAACUACCCAAGACCCAUCUCCUAUCUCCUUCUUGAUCUCAUUGUAGCAUGUGAAAAUUUACUCUGUAAUCUGGAUGCCUAUCUCGGUAUUGCUAAUUCUGUAAUCAUUUUUGCCUUUCUUGACCCUGGAGAAAAAAAUAAUGAGCAUAUAAUAUUUUGUUAAAGCAUGAGCAACUUAAUACGCAGAAAAGGUCACGGCUAGUAGGAUUUGAUUAGUCAUUCCAAAGUGUAAUCAAUCACACUCAAAUUGAAAAGUAUAACUGCAAAAAAUUUCAAAUCUACAUUAACAAGAACAAAUCAAUGUUAAAAUUUCUAAAUUUAAUUUCAUUCUU